CUUAAGCAUCUGUUUAACAAGAUUUAUAAUUCUAUCUUAAAAUUAAUCAUUUGAGUUAUGUGUUUCCAUUGAUCGUUGCACAUAGAAUCUAUCAGAAUAAAAAACAAUAAACGGAAGAAGCUUAAUCAAAUAGUCAAGAAACAUCAGGACAGUUAAGAAACAAUGUUCAUUACUAUAUUGGUAUUUUCUAUGUUUAUUUUAUUGGUAUAUAAUUAUUAUGUGUAUUAUAAAAAAUACGGGCAACUUCUUAAUCUUAUACCGGGACCAUCGGGUUUUCCGAUUAUUGGCAAUGCGCUCCAAUUCUAUGUGUCAACAGAGAAAUUAUGGAAGCUCUUCUGUAAAUUAUCUGAUGAAUAUUAUCCCAUUAUUAAAUUCGGAUUUUUUUAUAUAUAUUUAGUGGGUAUUCGUCAUCCAGAUGAUUUAGAGAUGAUACUAAGCAGCACUAAGCAUAUCGAGAAAAGUUUUCUGUAUAACAUUGCUCAUCCUUGGUUAAAUACAGGUCUCGGCACUAGUACAGCGAUUAAGUGGCGAGCGCGGCGAAAGAUGUUAACUCCUGUGUUCCAUUUUAAUAUAUUAAAUAAGUUUGUUGAUACCUUAAUCAAGGAGGGCGAUUGCAUGACAAAAUCUUUGAAAGAUGUCGGAGGGAUAGUUGUAGAAGAUUUAUUACCAUUUAUUAGUGAACAUACGCUAAAUGCGAUAUGCGAAACUGUCAUGGGUGCAUCUUUGCAAAAAUUUGACGAGUUGCAACAAAAGUAUCGAAAUGCGGUUCACGAUAUAACCGAAUUAUUUAUUUACAGUUUUAUUGAAUUUCGAUUUAGAGGAUUAAGGCCUUGGUUGUAUAAUGAUUUAUUAUUCUCAUUGUCACCACAAGGAAGAAAGCAAAAGAAAAUCUUGAAAAUAUUGCAUGGAUUUACGGAAAAAAUCAUCGCGGAAAGAAAACUUUAUCACGAACGCACCAAUGACCGAUACUUAAAAAACCUUGAAAGUAACAAAGAGACAGAAAAUUUCGAAGAGUUUGGAAUUAAAAAAAAUGGGCUAGCCAUGCUGGACCUUUUAAUAGCGGCAUCUCGAGAAAAUUCUCUAACUGAUAUGGAUAUCAGAGAAGAAGUUGACACUUUCGUAUUUGCAGGUCAUGAUACUACAGCGACGGGCAUAAUGUUUGCUUUACUUCUCUUAGCUGAGCAUAAAGAUAUCCAGGAGCGUGUGAGGGCUGAAGUCGAUACUGUGAUGCAAGAGAAUGGAGGGAAACUUAACACGAAGUCAUUACAAAAUUUAUCAUAUUUAGACAGAUGUUUAAAGGAAGCGCUACGUUUGUAUCCCAGCGUGUCUUGGAUAUUACGCAAGACUGGGGAUGCUGUAAAAUUACAAUCAUAUAUCGUACCUGCUGGAACGACCAUAGGUCUUCAUAUCUACGCAGUUCACAGAGAUCCCAAUUUUUGGCCAAAUCCAGAUGUAUUUGAUCCAGACAGAUUCUUACCCGAAAGGAUAAAGAAUCGUCAUCCUUAUUCUUAUAUACCAUUCAGCGCAGGACCGAGAAAUUGCAUAGGUCAACGUCUCGGUUUGCUGAUGAUGAAAGCUAUGAUAGCUCCUUUGAUAUAUAAUUUUUACUUGGAACCUGUUGAGUAUUUAAAAAAUAUUCGAUUAUUGCUUGAUUUAGUAAUGCAUCCUGCUCAUCCGGUUCAUAUAAGAUUCAUCCCGAUCAAAUGCAAACAGCCGUUUAAAAAUAACGUGGAUAUUGCAAGAGUGUAACAAGAUGAUGCAGUGGGAAAAAUCGAAGAAAAUUGUUAUGCAUAUUAUACGUUCAACAUUAUGAGGGGAAAAUAUUAUGUAAACAUUAAGUUUAAUUAUUAAAAUAUAUACAUAAAAAUCUUAUAAAUCAGAACUCUAUAUACCCAAAUUUAACGUAUGUAAGGAUCCUCUAUCAUGUGCAAUCACAAUAAAAACGUUUAUCCAUAAAAUAUAUGUGUGCAAAGCUAAUAAAACAGUUAUUUUUUUGCGUCUUAUUUAUAGAAUUAAAGAAAAUUUUAAUCGAUGCAAUCGACAUUUCCCACACGAGUUUUGCGCUGGAUGAAAAUGAAUAUCUUUUUCUCGAAAUAAUACACGCAUCAUAUAUUAAGGUGUUAAAAUUUAUAGAUAUCUAUUUCGAUGAUUAGAGGACGCCAUAGUGGAUCAUGAUUGCUGUUUUAAUUUUCAUCUUUAUUUGCUGUAACAAGUUUUCUUUCUUUGGAUUAAUGAAUUGUUUUCUAUUU